AAUUGUCAUAAAAUUGCAGAUAAAGAAGCUGAAUAAUAAUAUUUUUACAAAACUAUUAAUUUUUCUGAACUGGAAUCAAAGUAGAGUUGAUAUUAUUUAAUCAGAAAAACGUGGUGAAAAUGAAUUCAAAAAUGCUGAUUCAUUUUGUCUUGUUCGUUGGGAUGAUGUUAGACAGGGUCGUCACUGUGAAUCAACAACACAUAAAUGGAACAACAUUUAGUGCAUCUAUGAGUGACAUUGCAUCCUUUUCAACUGAUACAGUGUUGACUGAAACUGGAACAAUGUCUGCAUCCUUUUCAAAUGAUGCAAUGUUAAAUGCAACUAAAACAGCAUCUGCAUCCUUUUCAACUGAUGCAAUGUUGAAUGUAAUGAGAACAGGGUCUGCAUCUUCUACCACUGAUCCAGUGUUGACUGUAACUAGCACAGAGUCAUUUGUGACUCAAGAACUGAAUGAUGGGACUGAUUCAUAUGACAGCAAAUUCAAUGAUGAACUCAAUGUGACAGAAAAACUAAAUGAUACGAGCCUAGACUCAACAGCAAACAUACCGUGGGAAGUAGAACUUUGGAAAUAUGGUGGAAUGACCCUGAUUGCAUUCGGAGUCCCAUGUAACAUUUUAUCCAUACUCGUGUUUCGUGGAGAAAAUAUGAGAAGUUCUCCUAUAGCCUUGGCACUUACAGUGUUAGCAGUGACAGAUUCAUUCAACUUGCUUAAUUCUGGUCUUGGCUUGACUUUGAAAAUAGGGUUUGGCCUAUCCAAAUCUUUGUUGACAGACCUUGGAUACUGGCCAUGCAAGAUUGGAAUGACCGUGUUGUAUGUUAUGACCGACUUCUCUAUCUGGAUCAUUGCCGUGAUUUCAAUCGAGCGGUGUAUUGCGGUAGGAUUACCCUACAGAGCACAGGCAUUGAGUACCAAACGAACAGUAAUAGGAGCAUUAAGCUUAAGCUUUUUGAUUCUCCUCGCUUGGAAUCUACAAAUUAGUUGGAUCGUUACCUUUAUUGAAGAUGAUACCCACUUCACAGAUUGUACAUGGAACCCAGAUUUCAUCCACUAUUCCAGUACUUAUUUUGUAUGGCAGGACUUACUUAUGCUUAGCUUCAUACCUUUGAGCAUAGUCAUCAUCUGUAACGUCAUCAUAAUCAAAGUUGUAUUCAAACAACAGAGGAAGCGGAAGUCAAUGACGCCAAGAGAACUGACAGCAGCUCAGAAGAGAACCACCAACUCUAUGGCACUGAUGCUUAUAGCGGUAAGCGUUGUUCUUUGCAUAUGUACAGUGCCGUUCACUGUCUUUAACGUCUGGGUAGAAUUCAUGGAUAAAACCAUUGAAAACCAGAUGUUUGCUGAAAAGUAUUCUGUAGUUUUUUUGUGGAUGUUGUAUAUAAACUACAGCGUCAACUUCUGGCUUUACGUAUUUGCUGGAAGCAAAUUUAGAAAUAGUCUCUUCAAAAUGUUCAAAAGUCGAAGUGUUAGUUCUCAGGAAUCUAGUACAGGAAACAUGUCUGUUUUUCCAAAAUCUAUAGAACAUAUAUAACUAGAUAGGUCAAAUUGAACAGAAUUUAAGACUUCAGAUUCUUGACCUUUCUUUGCCUUGAAUUGACCUAGAAUAUGACCUUGAACUUUGACUUCUUGAAGGUUGAUUUAAAUACUUGUGAUAACAAAGUUUGAAUUCAGUUUACAAAUUAUUAUUGUAGGUUAUUAGUUAUUUUUAAUUUGUAUUCAGUCUGUAAAUUUCAAUUAAGAAACAGUGGCAAGUUGAGAUCUAAACUUUAUUUUUCAUUUACUGUCAUUUCAAUUCUGAUUCAACAUCCUGAGGAAAUAAGCUAUUAGCUAUUUUGAUAACCAUGAUGUUUCAUUUGGGAUAAUUUUUUCAACCAAGUGUUAAGAUCUUGAAUUAAGAUUUAUAUUGAAAAGAGACAAAAGAUGCAUGACAAAAGAUACACAACAAAAGAUACAUGACAAAAAGAUACAGGACAAAAAGAUACGUGACAAAAAGUUACAUGACAAAAGAUACACAACAAAAGAUACAUGACAAAAAGUUACAUGACAAAAAAAUACGUGACAAAAAGUUACAUGACAAAAUGAUACAGUACAAAAAGAUACAUGACAAAAAGUUACAGGAGAGAUAAAUUGAAAUAAUCGGAUGGAUGGACCUAUGGACAGACGGACGGACGGACAGACAAACGGACGGAGGGACGGAUGGACAGACAGACAGACAAAUUGAGCAAGGAGCAAGAGUUUAUAUUUUUGGACUAUAUAAGCUAAAUAGCAUGAUUGUUUAUACUAACUCGUAAUUCACAAAAUUCUGUAGUCAUAUGUUACCAAUAUUUAUUUAUAUUUAAGUGUUCAGUAGAAUAAUUUAUUAGUAGACGAUAUAUUCCAACAAUGUAUCUUCAUUGUAAUCUAACUCACACGUACAGACAUAUUUCUGACAGUGAAAUUAAUAUUUGAUAAAAAAAAUUAUCUGUGCUUUUAUUGUCAUAUUGUAACAAAUAUUUAUCAUAUUAAAUAAAUACAAAUAUUUAUAUUUAUUUCUAUCUAACAGAGGACUUGCUAUAUAGAUGAAUAAAUAGAUGGCAUUAGUGGUUUUGGUCAUGCAAGAAUGCUAUUCAUGAAAUGGAGACAACUUGCAAAAGUUACUUAUUUCCUAAUUUAUAAAAUAUAGUCAAUUUGAUUUACAUAAAACUCAAUUGGCGUGCAAUAAGCUGGUCUUGUUGACAUGCAGAUUGUAACUUUACAUUGAAAUUAUGAUCUUUAAAAGAAAAAUUGAACUUUUAAAGAUUCUCUAAUGUAGAUGGGGCUUUACAUGUAGUCCAUUCUUAUACAGCAAGGCCUUUUUAACAGGAAUAACCUCCCUGUUCUGACUUUAACUUUGUAUUCAAUGUUUAUUUUUAGUUUAGUUUAUGGAUUACAAAUGUAUUAUUUCUAGUUUACCCCAGAUAAAGAGCCUCUCAUCUUCGUUCACUCGACUCCCGCCAGUCGAUCGUCGGAUGAACGCAAUGAAGACCGGCGAGUGCAAAGAUGGAGCCUCUUGUUUUAUUGUAAAUCACAUGUAGUCAAUAUUCAUAAUUAUCAUAUCAUUGUCAUGUUUGCAAUUGUAUGAUUGGUCAAACCUGGGUCACAUAUCAUGAAAGAUCAGUUGAUAUCAACAUUAGGCAAUCAGUGAAUAUUUAUAUUAAUUUAUUUGUAUAUCAAGAUUACAAUCAUGGAACUUAAAAAAAGUUUCAUCCUACAUAACUGUAUUCAUCAAUGUUUAAACAAAUGAAGCAAGAACAUUGAAAGUGUAUGCUUCACAUUCAUUUGAGCUUUUCUUAAAAGAUAAAUCCAUCUGUACUCUAAAUUCACGGAUCCAACCAUGCAGAGGUUGUUAUCGCGAGAAGGACAAUUUUCAAUAUAUGGUCAUUUCCUCUGAAGUAAUUGUUUAUUAAGUACUACUGACCAACAUUAAACAUUGUUUAAGCAUAUUCCUUCUGCCUGCUAAUUGGUUGAGAAAAUGUCAGCAUGGAUGGUUUGAAUCAAUUUAUGACCUGGGCUGUAACAGCCACAAGCAAUAGGGGUGGAGCCAAUGAACUGUAAAAUUGUCGUGGUUACUUUUAACCUAUUGUUGUAAAUAUGUUGUAAAAAGGUAUUGUCACCAAUAGGUGGUUAAAUAAAUAUACAAACACAGAUUAGUCAAGUUACAAAUUCAUUUAUUAUAGUUUACCUAAAACAGCCUAUUAUUUUCAUAGGUGUAGCGGAGGGGGGGGUGCGAUGGGUACUAUAAUAAAAAUAUAACGAUGAGAAGGAAAAAGAAAAGAGCUUUGAAAUGUUUUUAUGUGAAGCUUCUAGCUCAAUUUUGAAUGAAGUUGCAUCAAAUUUUGUAAAAUUCAAGAUAAAUCUUAAUUUUUUGUUAAUGCCACAAUCUCACCCCCCAUCUGAAAACCGAAAUCUUUUUGGCGAUUGCACCCCCCUGGCUGAAGGCUGGCUACGGCCCUGAUCUUACAUUCAUAUUGUAGCAAAUAUCUAUUAUUAUCUAAGGAACAGUCUGGUUUUAUUCGUUUAUUUUAAAUUAUUGUAGCUAAUAUUUAGAGGUUAUGUCACUAUCAUUGUAAUAUGCCCGAGGGUUUCAUUGAUAUAUGGCCCGACCUUAUGUCACUAUAGUGACAUAAACGAUUUAUAACAUACCUAUGAUGAUCUAGUCUGGUCAGAGAGUACUGUUUUCUUAUCUUAGUGACUUGCAAUGAUUUCGGAAAUGAUGAUUUAUUCCCAUUGUUUGUAUCUUACGAAUGUAUGAGUCAAUUUGACCUAGCCCUCAUGUAUGACGUAGUAACAGGGCUUGACCAAUCAGAAAGUUAGCAGGCGCGGGCUUUUCAAAAGUUAUGUUGGCCCGCUGUGCUGUGAACAGUUUACACU